AUGCCCAGCAGUGAUCUGGUAUCACUUGACGACGAAGCAUACGAAGAAGAGGACGAUGAUUACGACGAUGAGGAAGAUGACCAUCAUACAUCGUCAUCGCCACUUUUCAGACGACAACCAUUUGCAAAUUUGUCUAAUUUAGUUAUACCCGUGAAGAAAUCACUCACUACAUCUACAAAGUCAUUCACAAGAUCCAUAAAUGAACUUUCCAAACUGUUUUUGCAUACUCAUAAAGACGAGUCCGACCAAGAGUCAACUGAGGAAGACGACACGUUUGAAACCAUCAACGUUACCCUGCCCACUCCUGCCAAACCCACAGUUCGUCGAUUUCACUCCAUGUGCCAGACAUCGAAGGAGUUUGAGAAUUACCAAUUUCAGUCAGACAAUUCUCAUUUGAAACAUACCAACAUCAUAACAAGCAUCCUGGACACAGACUCACUUCCCAGAAUAGACGCGGACCAAUUGUAUCAUAUUCUUCAUGGACUGCAUAAAUCGGAAUUCGACGAGUGUAUUAUUAUCGAUUGUAGAUUUGACUAUGAGUUUGAAGGUGGACAUAUUAUAGGUGCGAUCAAUUUAUCUACCAAGCAAGAACUUGAAACAAAGUUUCUUUCGUCAAUGUCUCCAAGUAACAUCAAACGUUUAAUUGUGUUUCAUUGUGAAUUUAGCGUGUUCAGAGGCCCCAUAAUGGCUAGACAUUUACGUAAAUGCGAUCGAAUGGCCAAUAGUGAAUUAUACCCUUACUUGACAUAUCCUGACAUUGUCAUUCUUGAAAGCGGAUACAAGGGUUUCUUUAUGAAGUAUCCUUAUUUAUGUCACCCGCAAGGCUAUGUUGAGAUGAAGGAUCUUAAUCAUGAAUCAAAUUGUGCUGAUCAGUUACACAAGGUUAGACAAGAUAGUAAAUUAGUACGAGCAAAAUCGUUCAUUACUAAUAAUACGGAAAUCACCAGUCCAACCAAUUUACACACUCGUUCACAAUCAUUUACCAAUACUACAACUACAGGAAAAGUCGUAAAACGACAACGAUCAAAUUCUAAAGUCAUCUCCUCGAGACUUAGUCGGGCAUCUACAUUUUCAUUUGAACAAUCAAUGUUUACUUCAUCUACUUCAUUAUUAUUAUCACCUACAACCCAGCCAACGUCGCUCUUUGAUGAGUUCCUUCCACCAUCCACGUCAUUCCGUAACACCAGACCUACAUUAACUAUAAACUCGUCGACAUCUUCAUUUUCCGACAAUGGGUUCUUUUCCUCUAAUGAAUCCCUAACUGAUGGCUACUCAUCCUCGUCCUCGCCCUCGUGUGAUUUCGAAAAGCCAUUGCCGAAACCACCAAAAACCACACGCGUAUCAAACCCGACGAUUUCCUCCUUUAAGUUCCCCAUCAAGAGAAAUUGGCCUGUGCAACCAUCAUCAUCUUCCGACAUAUCUUCGUUAAUUUCGUCGCCAUUGUCGAUGCAGAUUCUCACUCCGAAUUCGUGUGAAGCCGAUUCUACAGAAUUGAUCGAUCCUAUUAAUGACACGCCCGUGGAGUGCACUAUGCUUAAGCGAUACCGUCAUGGACGGUUGUCUAGUAGUGUAGGCUUGUACAGUUUUGCUGAUUUGGAUAUAGAUGAAGGUGACGAAGAGUAG